AUGGAUGACAUUAAGGGAAAUUCUAACAAUGUUGCAGCGGAAACUGAUCCUUUAUCCAUAAAACAAGAUGCUGUUGAAGCUGAGGAAGAUGCUAUAGUUGUUAUUGAAGAAAUACCAACUUCUAGGUUGAUCUAUAAAGUCAGCGAUAAUCCUCCACCACAUUUGUGUUUUUUGUUUGGGAUGCAGCAACUAUUAACAUCUAUAUCCAGCAGUAUGUCCAUGUCUUUGAUAGUAGCUGAUUUGGUUUGUGCUAAAGAUGAUGACAUAAUUAAAACUCAAAUUUUAAGUACAACCAUGUUUAUGGCUGGAAUUUCUACUUUCUUUGUCACUACAUUUGGUUUAAGGUUGCCCAUUUUUCAAGGUCCAUCUGUGAUAUACGUAGCUCCACUCUUGGCAAUGACAACUAUGGAUGAAUUUCGUUGUCCUAAUUACUUUAUGGAUUCUGGUAAGUCACCUGAUGAGAUUUUAAAAAUCUACUACUGGACUCACAAGAUCAGUCGCAGUACACACAUUUCUGGUUCUCUGAUGGCUGCUGGUGCGUUACAUACACUGGUAGGACUAACAGGACUGGUAGGGAUAUUUUCCAAAUAUGUUGGUCCAGUUACUAUAGUACCCACCAUUUUACUUGUGGGCCUCAAUCUCUAUCAAGUUGCCGUUAAAUUUGCCGAGAAACACUGGGGAGUGACUGCCGCGACCGCUGGUACUGGAUUUAUACUAGCUAUUUAUUUGAAUGGCAGACAAACUCCAUUACCAGCCUAUAAUAAAAAGCAAGGAUUUUACAUCAAAUGGUAUCCUUUACACCAAGUUUUCGCCAUAUUGAUAUCGAUAUUUACCGGUUGGCUAUUGUGUGCUGUGUUGACAGCUUCUGGUGCCUUAUCAUCUGAUACUAACCAUAUACAUCAUUAUGUUCGAACUGAUAGUAGGAAUGACAUUGUGUUCUCUAGUCCUUGGUUUUAUUUCCCAUAUCCAGGUCAAUUUGGAGCAAUGCGAUUUAGUGUGGCUGUUUUUAUAACAUGUUUCAUGGCUACAAUAUUGUCUGUAAUAGACUCUAUAGGCGAUUACAAUGCUGCUUCGCGAGUUUGUUGUGUACCUCCUCCUCCAGGACAUGCUGUUAAUAGAGGGAUAUUCUUUGAGGGACUGAUGAGUUUCUUUGCUGGAACUACUGGAGCUUGUCAUGGCACUGUAUCAUACGGUGGUAAUAUUGGAGCUAUGGGGAUAACAAAGGUGGUCAGUAGAAGGACGUUUCAAGUAACCGCAGUAUUAUAUAUUCUCUGUGCUGUUUUACUAAAGAUCAGUGCAGUAUUCGUAACAGUACCCUAUCCAGUAUUGGGAGGAACAAUGAUUCUAAGCUAUGGUAUCUUUAUUGGGCUGAUAUUGUCCAAUCUACAAUUUGUAGAUUUGAAUUCUACCAGAAAUCUUGCUAUUAUUGGUAUAUCUAUAUUAAUGGGAUUGAUAUUACCAUAUUGGGCUAAGUCUAAUCAACAUGUUAUACGACUAGGAAAUGCUUAUGCUGAUAACAUUAUUCUAACUCUAAUUUCAAAUGGUGCUUUCGUUGGUGGAUUUAUAGCCUUCUUCUUUGAUAAUACUGUCAGAGGGACACGAAAAGAUCGUGGUUUAUUAUUUGAUGAAGGAACAGAAAUUGGUAAUGAUACAGUGUUUGUAGAGGGUCGUGAAGUGUACAACCUACCCAGAAUAGUAAACUUCAUUCAAAAUUUGAAAAUCUAUAACAUACUACCUAUAUUCCCUAAAGAUAAAUCAAUUUAG